AUGUAUCUGACACCUUUAAACUACGCUUUCUUUAGUCGAGCGUCGUGUCGCGCACUAACAACGACACGCCCACGGAGAAACUUUGCGCACACCGAUGACGUAAACACUACUGGCCAUACCAGAAACAGAGGCGCUAUUGCUGGUAGCAGAUACAGCACAGCCAUGAAUUUCAAAAAAGGUGGUCCAGGGGUGAAGCGAGGGUUUGGCUUUGGAGGCUUUUCCCUUGCUGGGAAAAAGGAGGAGCCUCGCCUUACCCAGAAUUCGCAUACAACAUUUGGACCCACAGGAUCCAGUGGGGGAUAUGGGAAGAGCCAGCAGCUGCCAUCAUUCUACAAAAUAGGGACAAAAAGAGCAAAUUUUGAUGAGGAAAAUGCGUAUUUCGAAGAUGAUGAAGAGGAAUCUGGCAGCAACGCGGAUCUGCCAUACAUCCCAGCUGAGAACUCGCCCACACGGCAGCAAAUGCAGUCUGGUGGUGGAGGAUCAGAUAGUGAAGAUGACCCAUUGGAUGCUUUUAUGGCAGAGGUUGAGAACCAAGCAGCUAAAGACAUGAGAAAACUAGAGGAAAAAGAAAAGGAGAAAAAGUCAGCAAAGGGUAUUCGUGAUGACAUUGAAGAAGAAGAUGAACAAGAAGCCUACUUCCGCUACAUGGCAGAGAAUCCCACAGCUGGGCUGACCCAGGAAGAAGAGGAGGAUAACAUAGACUAUGACAGUGAUGGAAACCCGAUAGCUCCUACCACCAAGAAAAUCAUCAUGCCCCUUCCUCCUAUUGACCACACAGAGAUUGAUUAUCCACCCUUUGAGAAAAACUUUUAUAAUGAGCAUGAGGAGCUCAGCAGCCUGACUGGAACUCAAGUGAUUGAGUUAAGGCAGAAAUUGAACUUGCGGGUAUCUGGUGCUGCCCCUCCAAAACCUUGUACCAGCUUUGCCCACUUCAGCUUUGAUGAGCAGCUAAUGCACCAAAUUCGAAAAUCUGAGUACACUCAGCCCACACCUAUUCAGUGCCAGGGUGUCCCCAUCGCUCUGUCAGGACGUGACAUGAUCGGUAUUGCAAAAACUGGUAGCGGCAAAACUGCAGCUUUUAUCUGGCCAAUGCUGGUUCAUAUCAUGGACCAAAAGGAGCUGGAGGCUGGAGAGGGACCAAUCGCAAUAAUUGUGUGUCCCACCAGAGAGCUUUGUCAACAGAUCCAUGCAGAAUGUAAGCGUUUUGGGAAAGCUUACUCACUGCGUUCAGUGGCUGUUUAUGGAGGUGGCAGCAUGUGGGAGCAGGCAAAGGCUCUACAGGAGGGAGCAGAGAUUGUAGUGUGCACUCCGGGACGUCUGAUUGACCACGUUAAAAAGAAGGCCACAUCCCUGCAGAGGGUGACAUACCUGGUGUUUGAUGAGGCCGACCGCAUGUUCGAUAUGGGCUUUGAAUAUCAGGUUAGAUCUAUUGCCAGCCAUGUUCGCCCAGACAGACAGACUCUUCUAUUCAGCGCUACUUUCAGAAAGAAGAUAGAGAGACUGGCCAGAGACAUUUUGAUAGAUCCUAUUCGUGUGGUGCAAGGAGACAUCGGAGAGGCCAAUGAGGAUGUGACUCAGGUGGUGGAACUGCUGCCCACUGGGACAGAUAAAUGGGGCUGGCUGACACGGCGGCUGGUCGAAUUCACCUCCUCUGGAUCAGUCCUAAUUUUUGUCACCAAGAAGGCCAACUGUGAGGAACUGGCUACCAAUCUAACUCAGGAGGGCUACAGCCUGGGCCUCCUACAUGGAGACAUGGACCAGAGUGAGAGGAACAAGGUCAUCAGUGACUUCAAGAAGAAGAACUUGCCCGUUCUGGUGGCCACUGAUGUAGCCGCUCGUGGUCUGGACAUCCCAUCCAUUCGCACAGUGGUGAACUACGAUGUGGCACGAGACAUCGACACACACACCCACAGGAUUGGCCGAACAGGACGUGCAGGAGAGAAGGGCGUGGCAUACACCCUCCUUACCAACAAAGACACCACAUUUGCUGGAGACCUUGUUCGAAAUCUGGAGGGAGCCAAUCAGUCUGUUUCCAAAGAGCUGAUGGAUUUAGCCAUGCAGAAUCCCUGGUUCAGGAAAUCACGAUUCAAGAGUGGGAAAGGAAAGAAGUUAAACAUUGGUGGAGGUGGCCUUGGUUACAGAGAGAGACCAGGCCUAGGGGCUGAGAGCUCGGAACGUAGCAGCAGCAGCAGCUACAUGUCUUCCACGAGUAGCUACGAAGGCUAUACCAAACCAACUACUGGGGCAAUGGGGGAUCGCAUGUCUGCAAUGAAGCAAGCUUUCCAGGCUCAGUAUAAGAGCCACUUUGUGGCUGCAUCCAGCGGCCCUCCGAAGCUCAGCACCAAGUCCAACAGCUCUUCAGGCUGGACCAGCGCUGGCAGCCUGAGCUCUGUGCCAACAGAGGCUGCCAAUGGCUCAGAACGGAUCCACAGUGCUGCCCUAGCCAUGUCUGGUUUCACCAGUGCUGGCUCCCUGAGCUCAGUACCCACCAGUCAGCCCAGCCCACAGCACAGUUACCCUCCACCUGCACCGUCCCCACAAAGAGACAGCUCUCGGGACAGACAUGGGGAGGACCGGGGGCGUCACGGAGACAGUCACCACCGCCACAGUGAGCGUCAUAGUGGCGAGGAUCGAUACGGAGACCGGGAUCGCCAUGGAGACAGAGAUCGUGACCGCCACGGAGACCGGGAUCGCUACAGCAGCAGCAGCAGCAGCAGCAGCAGCCGUCAUAGUGACAGUCGUAACGGAGAUGGAAGCAGGCGGGACAGAGACGACCGCAGGAGUGAUAGGGAUAGUGGAGAUAAGGGCAGUGGAGAUGGGAGGGACAGAGGAGAUGAUAGCUUUGCUGUCCCUGAACCACCGAAACGUAGAAAGAGCAGAUGGGACAACUAAAGAAACACAUUCAUAGAAUAACGAGCAACAAACUGGUCCAUAGUAAGCUUGUCUGUAUAGGCAGAUAGCAGAGCAUAUCAGAGGCUGACACAAGCACAGAACUGUAGGAGGGAUUUUGCCGAUAAAUGAGAAGGGUACUGACGCUCCUCUCAGGUUGGUUAGAACCUAUGAUUUUGUCAGAGCUCAACAGAGGUUGAGAUAAACACGAGCAUCGCAGAGACAGCCACUGUACAUAUACCAUCAAGACUGUUGUCACAAUAAGUCAAUAGGAUCAAGCAAUAGAGCUGUAAUAAAUCCUGCUGUCAGUAAACAAUGCAAGUUAGGAUGUGUUAUUGUUGUUUCUUCUCACUGAGCUCCUAACAUGCUUUUGUGCUUGCAAACCUGUUGCUUAAUUUUCUUUUUUUUUCCAGUGGAUCUUAUUUGCUAAGUGUGUUUGUGUGUGUAUGUUUUGUUACUCUGCAAAACUAAAUCGGAGGACUGUUUGAUUUUUGAUUGCACUGUGUGAUGACUCAGUAACACAAAAGUUCGAAACCGAUAUGUAUAGCUCUUUUUUUGUCUUGUAUUCAAGUUUUAGUGAAGUGCCUUUCCUUGGCAUUUAGUCUGUCUACUCUGAUUUUUUUUCAAGAAGUUGAAUUUGACAAGAAUUUCAAGUGUUCCUCCUAAUAUGGAAAAUGAGAAGAUUUGAUUAAAAAGACUCCUUUGACAUUGA